AUGGCGGAUAAGGGGUGGACGAAUGUCGCCUCCUCGGCAGACAAGCCAAAAUCCAAACCCCAAAAGAGACAAGCCAGCGCUGAGCAUACAAAAACCAAAUCUCGCCUCGCAGCUCUUGCAAUUGGUGAAAAUAUUAAGGAAAAACAGCAAAAAUUAAAAGAAGAGCGAGAAGCUAAAAAGGCCCAAUUAGAUGGCAGACAUGAGUAUGUUUUACAAACCUUGGCAGACUAUCUUGGUAUGGACUAUACAGAGGUGGUGGACGCCAUUUUGGAUGGCAAGCAAAUUGAAUCCAUGGAUGGUUUUUUUGAUGCAGAUGGACCCACCACGUUGAUGUUCUUUUAUCAGGACACAGAUCCGGGUCCUGAACCAGCUGAUCAGAUAAGAUUAGGUCCCCCACAAGUGGUUAGAAAAUCUGCCAAAUCAAAGUUGUGUGUCACUGAUGGAAGUGAAAGCUCAUUGACAGGAGUGUGUUUAUUUUUCUCUAAAACCAGUUCAGACAAAGUAAUUUCAACUGAAAACAUCACAAAAGAUAUCACCUUCACUGUGCUUGAUACCUGUGAAAAGGGACUCCUAGCAUCAGUGGACCAGAUGAUGUCAACAGUUUUUAUUCCUGCUCUCCGAAAGAACACCAAUGGCUGGGGAAAGAUUAGUAACUUUGAAGGGACUCUCAUCAGAGCUGAUUUCCUGAAUAAGUUAGAUUCCUAUGUUUCCGUUUUGGUGGGAGCACAAGAGUGUAUUUUUGACAAAGUGGAGUUAAAACCAUGUCAGACUUACAAUCUAGCAAAACUGAAAAAACCUAAUGAUUACAUAGCAGCAGCUAAUAGCACCGAAUCAUUGGAAGCUAUAGAGGAAUGCAUAGCAGUAUGGAUUAAGCAAAUUGAACAAGUGUUGGCAGAGAGUGAACAGAUGAGGAAAGAAGCAGACAACAUUGGACCCAGAGCUGAACUAGAACAUUGGAAAAAGAGGAUGGCUAAAUUUAACUAUCUGUUAGACCAAAUAAAAGGAUCUGAUGUCAAAGCUGUCCUGACUGUUCUACAGGCAGCAAAGUCUAAAACAGUCAAGAUUUGGGUGGAUUUGGAUAGAAGAAUCACAGAUGCAGCUAAUGAAGCCAAAGACAAUGUCAAAUAUCUGUACACAUUAGAAAAAUUCUGUGAUCCACUUUACAACAGUGAUCCUGUUGGUAUGGUUGAAACGAUUCCUGGAUUGGUUAAUGCUAUCCGUAUGAUUCACAGUAUAUCUCGCUACUACAACACAUCAGAAAGAAUGACAUCGCUCUUUGUUAAGGUUACGAACCAAAUGAUCACGGCCUGCAAGUCAUACAUCACAUGUGAUGGAAUGUACACUAUUUGGGAACAACCACGAAAUGAACUAAUCGAAAAACUGCGUGCAUGCAUACGCUUGAAUCAAGAAUACCAACGCUGCUUCCAGAAAACCAAACAGAAGCUGGAAAAUAUGCCGAAUGAGCGACAAUUUGAUUUCUCUGAAAUGUACAUCUUUGGAAAGUUUGAUACCUUUCAGAGACGUCUUCUGAAGAUUAUUGAUAUCUUUGAUUCCAUCGUAGUCUACUCUAAAUUAUCUGAUUGUAGAAUAGAAGGUAUGGAGUUGAUGGCAAGCCGAUUCAACGCUAUCAUCACCACAAUCAGAAAGAAACCGUACAAUCCUUUAGAUCAGAGAAAAGCAGAUUUUGACAUUGAUUACGAUGAAUUCAAGCGACAGAUAUCAGAAUUGCAGUCACAAAUCAAGUCAUUUAUGAAUCAUGCAUUUGACAGAAUUCAUAAUGUGGGGAGAGCCCUGACUCUUAUCAACAAAUUUGAAAGAUUAAACAUUCCUAAUCUUGGCAUUGAGGAGAAGUAUUCCAUAAUUCUGCAGAAAUAUGGUCGGGAAAUUGAAAAUACUUCACGUAGUUACCAGAAGAACAAAAAUGAUCCACCGGUUGCGAGAGAUCUCCCACCGAUAGCUGGUAAGAUAAUGUGGGCACGACAGAUGUAUCGACGCAUACAAGAACCAAUGGAGACGUUCCAGCAAUUUCCGGCAAUACUCUCAUCACCCGAGGGAAAAAAGGUCAUCAAGAAUUUCAACAAGUUGGCUAAAGUAUUGAUGGAGUUUGAAGUUUUGUAUCAUCGUGCAUGGUUACGUCAAGUAGAAGCAUCAAAAUCUGGCCUUCAUGCUUCGUUGCUUGUUCGUCAUCCCGAAAGUGGCGAUUUGUAUGUGAACUUUGACCCACAAAUCUUGACACUGAUCAGAGAGGCGGAGUGUAUGGCUAGGAUGGGAUUAGAGAUACCUUUGGCAGCCAAAGCAUUACGUCAAAAACAAGGUUAUUUUAAAGAGAACUACAACAAGUUACAGCUACUGUUGUCUGAAAAUAAGAGAGUAUGUGGAAAGAUACAUGCAGCAUUUGAACCAUUAAUGGCCCCACAUAUAUCCAAACUAGAUGAUGCAAUAGAACCGGGUCUCACUAAGUUGACAUGGACCAGUAUGACCAUUGAUACCUAUGUGAAAGAUGUGUACGAUGCUUUAGGAGAGUUAGAAUUAUUGAUGGAUCGUGCAAAUGACCUUGUACAGUAUCGUAUUAAUUCUGUUCUACAAGAGAUGAGUACUACUAUGUUAUGUGAACUUCCAGAAGAUGAACCAUGGACAGCUGAACAAUUUCUGGAUAAAACUCAGGAAUUGUGUAAUAGAGGAGCGAUUACUUUGCAAAUCAAGAGCACUCAGGUUGAAGAAGCUGCUAAUGAGCUCAUCAAUAUGCUUAUUGUGGAUGAACUGGAAGAACCAGCCAAAGAGGGAGAAAAAGAAGAGGAGGAUGAAGGGAGUGAUGAUGAGGAAGAUGACAGGAAACGUCGUGCCAGUGGUUCUGUAUCACAUGCCAGUGGACAUGCCAGUCCUAGCAGAGGUCAGUCAGCAGUGGCCCAGACUAUUGCCAGAAGGAAACGUGAACAAAGAGAAAACAUUGAGGAGUCUGCUCAGGAAUUGUUGUCUCAUUUCAAUCAUCGUAAUUUAGAUGCUUUGUUGAAAGUGACAAGAUACACACUUGAUUCUAUCAGAAGACGUAUCACCUCUAGCUCUCACUUGGCUUAUAUGGAUGAAGAAAAAGGGAAGAAAGAGUCUCCAUUUUUCCAUUGCAAUGUGACAUUGGCUAUUCCAAAUAUUGUAAUGCAACCAGCUUUAGAUGAAGUACAGCAGUGUGUCAACAAAGCUGCUCUGCUCGUGUUAAAUGUGUCAAAAGGUGUCGCACAGUGGUCUAAGGAAAGAAAGAAAAAGGUCAAGCCUGAAGUGGAAACUCCACGCGAAGAUCGUGAGCGACGUGGAAGUGUUGUCAGCUCUCACUCUGAGAGCUCUCAGUCCUCCAGGUUUCGAGGAAAGGUUCAAGAUCCAUAUGCACUGGGUCCUCAGGAACCCAAGAAUAAUUACUACAAGAAUGUGAGUGAAAACAAGGAAAUAGCCAAACUGGUAUCGCUGUUAUCUACAGCCAUUAACUCACAAAAGAAGGUGUUGGUAGGUGACAAGGAAUGUGAUGUCAUGGAUGGUUUCUGUUUAUAUAUUACAACUAAACUUGCUAAUCCAAGAUAUACUCCAGAAAUCAGCGCCAGAUCUUCAAUUAUUGACUUCACUGUGACUAUGAAAGGCUUGGAAGAUCAGUUACUUGGUAGAGUCAUCUAA